UGCGUCAAAAAGGAAACCCAACAAACACCGCCUUACAUUUCGGAAUUGAAGAAAAACUAACCAGCAAAACAGAGCGCUAUAGUAAUGAGCGAAGCGCUAAAUAGAGAUUACCUGAUCAGCGAAGAGAUCGGCCGGGGACGAUUCGGCACCGUUUUUAGAUGCAUUUCCAAGUCCACCGGUGAGACCUUUGCCGUCAAGUCCAUCGAUAAGAGCCUAUCCGGUGACUCUCUUGACGCGCAAUGCCUUCUUACUGAGCCAAAGAUUCUCCACCUUCUUUCGCCUCAUCCUCAUAUAAUCCAGCUCCAUAAUUUAUACGAAGACGAAACUCACCUUCAUAUGGUAAUCGAGUUGUGCUCAAGCCAAGAUCUUCACGAUUUAAUCAUCGGCAAUGGCGUUCUUACCGAAGCCGAAGCCAGAGUCAUCUUUAUUCAGCUAAUGGAAGCGGUUUCUCACUGUCACAGAUACGGCGUCGUUCACCGUGACAUAAAGCUGGAUAACAUCUUGCUUGACUCGAGAAAGUCGGUUAAGUUAGCCGACUUCGGGUCGGCAGAGGUGGUUAUGGACGGAGAAACAAUAGCUGGUGUUGUAGGGACGCCAUACUACGUGGCACCGGAGGUUUUAGCCGGAAGAGAGUACGGAGAGAAAGUGGAUGUGUGGAGUGCUGGAGUGGUGUUGUAUAUUAUGUUAGCUGGAUUUCCGCCGUUUCAUGGUGAAACAGCCGUUGAGAUUUUUGAGUCGGUUUUGAGGGGCAAUUUGAGGUUUCCAUUUAGAGCUUUUCACUCGGUGUCGCCGGUGGUAAAGGAUCUGUUAAGGAAAAUGCUUUGUAAAGACGUUUCCAAGAGGUUUUCUGCAGAACAAGUACUAAGACAUCCAUGGAUAACCAACGGAGGAGAUUGAAUGUUCUAAGUUCUAACAUGAAGGAUAGCAGAGUGGUUGUAUAGGUACGGUAGUGUAUAAAUAUACUAGUAUAUGGACUGGUAUCUGCGUACGUGGCAAGUGUCCUAAUGGUUUUUCAGUUGAAGAGGAUGCUUUUGUUUCUUUUGUGGCAGAGAAGAAGCAAGUGUUUUUUUUGGCGUAUGCUAUGACUGUAUUAUCCUUAGCGUUUUGUCUGAAGGAAUGUAAUGGCUGUAUAAUCAAUGCAUAAUAUGUUGUAUACGAGAAGCUGUGAUUAUGUGUAAUGAAGUUUUGCAGUUUGCUUAUGUUAUUAUUAUUAAAAAAAUAUAUAUAAAGUUUUAAAUUGAUUA